AUGGGAACCUCCGGAAACAAUGGGGGUGAUAACCCCAAUCGAAACUCUCUGCUCGACCUCAAGAACUUUCAGUUCACCUUUGACGUCUCCAAUUUUAUUGAGCCCGAUUCACCGUCGGGACUAGUAGACGACGGCUCCAUGUCGCUGUCCGAGAGCGUGAGAGACUAUCCACACGAGUUUGGCCGCACCUAUCACGCAUACCGAGCAGGAUCAUAUGCCUACCCCAACGAUAUUCCUGAACAGGAACGACUUGCGUUCCAGGGCCCCAUUAUCAAGAACCUCUUCGAGGGCAGGCUGUACUUUGCCCCGCUCUCGCCGGCGAAGCCUCCGCAGUUCAUCCUCGAUGUCGCCACGGGUGUUGGCGAUUGGGCCAUCGAGAUGGGCGACCUAUUCCCCUCGUCCGAGGUUGUCGGCAUAGACCUCUCGCCGAUCCAGCCCGACAUGGUGCCUCCAAACGUCAAGUUUUAUGUCGACGACGCAAGAGAGACAUGGGACUACACGGACAAGUUUGGCUACAUACAUACCCGGCUCACUGCGGGCAGCUGGGGCAAUUUCCAGAAAGAAGUCGCCGAGCAGGCCUUCCAAACCCUCGAGCCCGGCGGUUGGUUGGAGUCCCAGGAGGUCGAGGCCGUCUUCGCAUGUGACGACGGCACGCUGGACCCAGCCGGGCCAAUGUGCACUUGGCUCCACGAGAUGCGAGUCGCCGCCGAGGACUUCCAGCGCCCUGCCAUCCUGGGCUCCACCCUCAAGGAGGUAUUCGAGAGCGUCGGCUUCGUUGACGUGCAACAGCUCAUCUUCAAGAUGCCCAUGAACCCGUGGCCCAAGGACGAGCGCCUCAAGGAGAUUGGACGCAUGUGGGGAGAGAACUUUUCGCAGGGACUCAAUGGCUUCUCCGUCCAGCUCAUGAACAAAGUGUUUGGCCGGACCCCGGCUGAGAUUGAGCUCUCUCUGGUCAAGAUCCGAGAGGAACUGGCGGACCCGCGGGUGCAUGCUUACAUGCCCGUGUUCGUGGUGUGGGGGAGAAAGCCGUUUGUGGGAGAGCAAUCAAAUACCAUGAUGACCUAG